AUGCUCUUUGAUCACUGCCAUUGGUCAAUUCAGUUCCAUUGGAUGGGUCUGGUGAGCAGCCUGUUGGUCAUUCCCUUCACUGGGCAGUUUGGCACUGGACAUAACAUCUAUGCAGCCAUUCUUGAGCUGAUCAUUGGUCCCCUUCAAGACUUUCAAGACCAGGAGGUUCAACUUGGCCUGAAGACUGUCCUUGCACUUACCAAUCAGUUGCUGGGCGCUGCCCUACAUCAACUGGCUUUCUACAUCAUCACACUCCUCAACCUCCCAAUGAGUCUUCCACCAUGUUCCAAAACCAUGUGGGAACUUGAACUGUGGCUGCUUCUUGCUCCUGCAGUGAGACAAUGUACACUUGGCAAGCUUGCUACUGAGAACUUUGGCACAUGUGGUGGUGGAGCAGGUGCCCAGUUGCUCACUGUGGGCUUUAAUGCCAGUGCAUGGAUGUAUUCAUUGCUUAACAUGUUUUCAUGGCACCAAGCUGGCACAGGAUGGUCGCAUGAAAUACAAAUGAUUUUCCAUCACCUUGCUUCCAUCUCUCAGAUGCCCCUCCAACCAUACUUUGUUUUUGAUGGGCUGGACUGCCCUCAGCUCAAGAGGGGAAAAGACAUCAUGCACCCAUGCUAUCCACCCCUCCUUGUGCAGCAGCUUUCAAGAGCUAUUGAUGGCAUUUGGUUUCAGCUGGCACAUGGCUCUGGGGGAGGCAGAGACAGAACCUUGCCUGCCUCCAGUCAUGCAGCCCUUGUCGAUGUCAUGGUGACACUGUACAACAAUGCACUGCUGUUUGGUGCUGACUUGCAUCAUUCACAGCAAAAUUGCACUGGCCUCAAGUGGGGUGACCUCCUCCUUGUUAUGCUGAUGAGUAGUGUAGAUAGUGAGGUUGCCAGUGGUGCAGCACAGACAUUGCCCAUUGAUUGUUCAUGGAGUUUACAGAGUUCGUCGCCAGGUGGUGCGAACAACAUCUGUGAGGUACUACAAAUGGAUCCUCAACACCUCCUUGGACAUAGGCACCAUGAGCUUGCCUGUAUCAUUGUGGAGGAAUGCAUUGAGUUCCCUGACCCCACUGAUCUUAGCAAUAGGGUUGCCAUCCCCCCAUUGCCAUUAGUUCUGUUCACAGUGCCUUGGCUGGUCACCAGAUACCAUCUGGUCCAGAUUGAUGGGAUGCUCAUGCUGGCACAGCCAUGCAUGCACUUCUGCAGCUGCCAGGGAAUGUUGAUACUCUCUGUGCCAAGUUUGCCACUUGAAACACCAGUGGACACAGAUCCAUCACCUGCAUAUGAGAUAGAGAUGCCAGCAGUCAUGUUAGAAUACUCAAGACCCAAUUUGGUGGAGUCAACAGUUAACCUUCCUCAUGAAACUGGAGUUAUUGACCUGGUAGGUGGUGCAGAUGCACCACAUCUCAAAGCUGGAGUCACUGGUCUCAUGGAUGAGGACUAUUCAUUUGCCUAG